GACGUCACCGGUUUACGCGAACGUUUUGUUGACAUCGUCAGCUGACUCGCGAGCUGGCAGGAAGGGACCACAGGAAACGCAGUGGUUUUUGUCUGUUUUUACACUGAUUAUGGGAUGUUUUCUCAGAACUGAUGCUUUUGAUGGUUAAAGUGGCCGAGGAUUAAGACUAGUUGAUGAAAUGGGGAACACCAGUAGUGUUAGAGAAAUUGAGGAUAUACCAGAAGAUAAUGGAAUUCGUUUCCGCGGAAAGCUUGUCCCGGAGGAGAUUCUUUGCAUCAUCUUUUCUUUCGUUCCCGGAAAGGACCUUUUGCGCUCAGUGACAUACGUGUGCAAGUACUGGCAUGACCUCCUCACACAUUACCACUUUUGGUUCAGAAAACUAGAAGUUGAAGGAAUCACCUUAUCGGAUAAAACCAAAGAGAAACUGCUUUCGCUUGAUGAUGAAAGGAGUGUCCUGUAUAUACUGCAAGGGCUUGCUACGCAUUAUCUGCCUCUUAACAGGAAUCUGAUCAAAAAUCCUUGUGGUGCUAAUGGCAUGAAAUACUGGCAAUGUCAACACAACAAAAACAUGAUCACAGUAGAGUCCGAGCCUAUAGGUAGUGACCCAAUACCCGAUGAAGCAGGACUGCCGACACAGCACUGUUUCGUCACCUCAUAUAUGAUGAGCUGCAGAACGCAAACCUUCACACUGAAUAAGCUUGGAAUCUCACCAAAAAUGAUGGAUUUAUUGAAACCAGAUAUCUAUGUGUGUCAAUGGGUGAGUGCAAGGUGGGACUGUCGAUCGCAGAGUGAGGUAGUGAUUGAACUGUGUGGCACACAAGAGACAAGGCGUGCCAAACUCACAUGGAGUUCUGACGACGAUGAUGUUGUGGGGAGGAAGUGGUAUAAGAUGGAGACAACAAUAACAGACUACCCAGCUGGACUCUCCCGGAUAUCUUACUCGUGUUUCGGGAAGGACCUGCAGUUCUGGGCUGGAUUUUAUGGGUCGAAAACCACAGGAUCCACGUUGAAAUUGGUUUUCAACUGAGUGAUAUUAAGUUAGAAUCAAAUACUCAUUUUACUGUAAGAGAGAUAUUCUCUUGCAGUUCAUAUGAUGCAAAU